CCUCCCUCCCUCUCUCUCUCUCUCUCUCUCUCUCUCUCUCUCCUCCCUUUCUGACUGCACAACCAGAGCAACAGCGACGAGCUCUCUCGCUUCAAUGUCGACGGUUGCGCCGCCGUGAUCUUCCUCGCUCGAUUGUCGGAUUCCCAGGUUCAGGCAUCGGAUUUUGUUUUUCCUUCUUCCGGUUGUCGUCGUCGUCGUCGCUGCGGGCUCCCGAGGAUUUCACCAGGUGGAGCUCGAGAGAGGCUUUUGAGCGCGGGUCGGAAUCUCUCUCUGUCGGAGACCUUUUGGGAUUUUUUUUUUUCCUUCUUUUGGGGGGGUGGGGGGCGCCGGCAGCUUCGUCGGGGCUAGGGUUUCGUUGGCAAAUGAAGUCUUCUUUUGGGAAGCUUCGGAGAUUCGCGGCGCUCCACAAGAACGAUCAGAAGGAGAAGCUGGAGUUUCCGCCUUCGGCUCAGCUCGACGAGCUCGCCCAGGCGUCGAAGGACAUGCAAGCGAUGAGAAAUUGUUACGAUAGCUUGAUCUCGGCUGCUGCUGCAACAGCAAACAGCGCAUAUGAGUUCUCGGAAUCGCUGCGGGAAAUGGGUACUUGUCUCUUGGAGAAAACUUCACAUGGUGAUGGAGAGACUGGUAGAGUUCUGUCAAUGCUGGGACAAGUCCAAUUUGAACUUCAAAAACUUAUCGACAGCUAUCGUUCUCAUAUAUACAUGACAAUUAUAAGUCCAUCAGAAUCUCUUUUCAAUGAACUUCGGACUGUUGAGGAGAUGAAGAGACAAUGCGACGAGAAAAGAGAUGUAUGCGAAUUUAUGAUGACGCAACAGAGAGAAAAAGGAAAGUCGAAGAGUGGGAAAGUCGAAAGUUUCAGUUUGCAGCAAAUACAAAGAGCGCAUGAUGAAUAUGGAGAGGAGGCAACUCUAUAUGUUUUUCGCUUAAAAUCGUUGAAGCAAGGGCAGUCUCGAAGUCUUCUAACUCAGGCAGCCCGUCACCAUGCUGCUCAGCUAAAUUUUUUUCGGAAGGGUCUAAAAUGCCUCGAGGCAGUUGAACCUCAUGUCAGAAUGGUUACAGAGGAACAGCAUAUUGAUUACCAAUUUAGUGGACUUGAAGAUGAUGGUGAAGAUGGCGAAGAUGAUGGUGCAGAUAUCUAUGAUGCUAAACAAGAUGGAGAAUCGAGUUUUGACUACAGACAAGAUUCUCGGGGCCGGAAUGUCGUUUCGCAAUCAAAGAAUUCAAUGGAGGUGGAUGAUGUGAACCUUUCAUAUACUCAAAGCUCUACUGCUGAAGGUGCAGAGGUGAAUAUUGAAAAAAGCCAAGGGGAUGUCCUUAGUAGAGAAUACAGAAUGGGCAGCCAUUCAGCUCCAAUAUUUCCUGAGAAGAAGUUUGAUCCUGCCGAAAAAGCAAGACACAUGCAGCAAUUAUCUACAUCAAAGUCCAACUCGUACGUGUUGCCUACUCCUGUUGAUGUGAAGACUCUUUCUUCAAGAACAAGUAUCUCAGUUCCACGCUCUCGGCCAGCCGGCGUUAGUGGACAGAACCCAAAUUUGUGGCAUUCUUCUCCACUGGAGAUAAGAAAGCAAGACCUAAAAUCUGUACCGGAAGUCAGAGAGAGCUCUAAUAGCCACAAUGGUUUUGGCCAAUUGCCUCCUCCUCUGAUGGAGGGACUUGUGUAUAACACAGAAAAAGUCAAAAGGCAAGCCUUCUCUGGUCCACUGACGCCGAUGCCUAAGAAGCCUGUCCUAAAUGCAAGUGGUCCCAUCUUUCCUUCUCAUGAAGCCCAAGUGGCUUCUGGAAUACUUCCACGCUCUGCUCAGCCUUCAUCAUCUCCAAAAGCAUCCCCUACUGCUUCACCACCUCUUGUUUCUUCUCCAAGGAUAAGUGAGCUCCAUGAGCUUCCUAGACCACCUGGCAAUCUGGCUACGAAGCCAUUCAAAUCUUCUGGAUUCAUCGGUCACUCUGCUCCAUUAUUGCCCAGAAAUCCAGAGGGUUCUGCAAACAGUAGAAUACCCUCAGCAGCGUCUCCACUUCCACCUCCUCCGUUGAAUAUGCCUCGAAGUUUUUCCAUACCUUCAAGUAGUCAAAGAGCAAUAGGAAUUAAUGUGGCCAAGACAGCGGAGUCCCAACAACUUUUAGAAAAGGUGGAAGAAGUAACUUCGCCUCCAUUAACUCCUAUUUCUCUUGUGGACAUCAAACCAGUUUCGACUGUUGCUACCUAUCAGCCUGGUACUAUAAGAGGUGGAGGCUGAUUUUGGUUAAAGAAGCCGUGGAUUUUUACCUCUUACUAUCUUCCUGGCAUGGUAAUAUUUAUUCUUAGUUUAGUGCUGGGGUCACAUCUGUAUAUAUGAUGUGGCUUUUUUGUAGUUCACGUUGUGGUCUUGCCAGCUUGCUUGCUAUUGUUGAUAGAUGGGCAAGUGGGGCAUCUAUGAUCUGAUCAGUCAUGAAAAUCCUCUAGUGAGAAACUUUAUUCUUUUUUUUCUACCAGGGUAAUUACCUAAAUAAGGUUUUGUUUUCUUUCUGAGUCAGAUUUCAGUAAUGAUAGUCCAUAGCAUUUGAAUUUUGAAUUUUGAUCGUCUUUCAUCCAUCCGUCCAUUUGGAAAAUGAGUAUUCUGAUGUUCUAUCCUGCAGUAGUCUGAAACUUGGAAUGCUAAAGAUCCAUUCUUGAUGUUUGAGCUAAUGUUCAAAUGCUAGAGCUUCAACUUUACCUGACAAUGGUCUGAUUGAUUCCACUUGGACUGACUUAGUUACAUUCCUUCAUUAGUAUGUCCGGUGAAGAAGCAGUUGCAUAAACUUCUGUGGAUGUCAUGGUAGGAAAUAGGCAGCAACACAUCUGAAGCUAGCUUAAAUUUUUUUUAAUUUGCUGUUAAGUUCGAUCUACUGGAGAAAGUGUAUGCAUUUUUUUCUUGAGGUCGAAGUGAAUCUCUUGUUGUCUUUGUUUAGUUAGAACUUGAAAGUGUCAAUUGGAGUCAAAUCUGACCGCAGCAUCCUCAUCAUCAAGUUGCCUCCUCGCAUGAGCAGCAACCUCCCCCCUCUUCAUUACUUUUUGAUAUUGGCCCAUGCUGUGCAUUAGCUGUUUAGGUGUGGUAUCUGUAGGCAUGGCUAUACGUAAGUUGGGUAGUUGAGAUGGGAAUUGACCAAGCGUCGUCCGGUACAAAACAUGUAUAUUCCCAAAGUUCAAGCUAGCAAGGGCAGCAACCAUCCAACUAGUCAAAAUCACAACCUACCAGCAGAGUUCAGAUGCUAGUGCGGCUUUUUGCAGUUUCUUGUGCACAAUUACCUGCUGUGUUUCAGUGAAGACAUGGGGAGACUUCUACAUGGCAAGAGAGACGAUUGCAUGCACAUUCUCCGGGCUGGUGACGAAGUGGUGCGAUAAUUGGUUGAUCGGGUUUUUUUUUUUUAUCCUUUUCCCGCUAGAUGGUUGAAUAAGCAUUGGGUCGUCCUUGAUUUAACCGUUUCUUUUGUUCCUUUCGUUCAUGCUUCUUUGAUCUGGUGGAGCGCGGUUUUGUAUUUAUUUGCUAGUGUUGGCUUUUGUAUGAAAAGGAAACCGGUGGUGGUCUCACUUGGAUGGACCUUUGUAUUAAGGGCCUCGGCAGCAUAGAAUAGAACUCACUGGACUGAUGUAUGUACUGUAUA